CCCACCUCUGGGUCCUGGUUGCUACGUGCUUUGGACGUCCCUGCGCAUGUCAAAUGACACGUGCAUUUGCUGUGGUUGAUAUUUUUUGGUGCUAACUUCUUAACUUCUUAAUUUGAGGACAGUUAAGUUUUUCGAAAUUCGUGUAGUGGGUCACAUAUCAUUUUUAAAUGGGAGGUAUUCAAAAGAAAAAGUUUGAGAGGGGCUCUGCCACCAACUACAUCACCAGAAACAAAGCUCGUAAGAAGUUACAGCUGAGCCUCCCGGACUUCAGGCGACUGUGCAUCCUCAAAGGCAUCUACCCUCAUGAGCCCAAGCACAAGAAGAAGGUGAACAAGGGCUCCACAGCUCCGAGGACCUUCUACCUGCUCAAAGACAUCCGUUUUCUCCUGCAUGAGCCAAUUGUUGGCAAGUUCAGAGACUAUAAGGUAUUUGUACGCAAGCUUAAAAAGGCUUAUGGAAAAACAGAAUGGUCCACAGUGGAGAGACUGAGAGAGAACAAGCCGACCUAUAAACUGGACCAUGUCAUCAAAGAAAGGUACCCCACCUUCAUCGAUGCUCUCCGUGAUAUCGACGAUGCCCUCUGCAUGUGCUUCCUCUUCUCCACCUUUGCCCGAACAGGAAAAUGCCACGUUCAGACAAUCCAGCUGUGCAGACGCCUCACUGUGGAGUGGAUGAACUAUGUGAUCGCAUCUCGAGCUCUCAGAAAGGUUUUUAUUUCCAUCAAGGGACUGUAUUAUCAGGCUGAGGUGAUGGGACAGCUUGUUACGUGGCUGGUACCAUAUCAGUUCUCCCAUGAUCACCCCACAGAUGUUGAUUACAGAGUCAUGGCAACAUUCACAGAGUUGUACACCACUCUCCUGGGAUUUGUCAACUUCAGGCUCUACCAUUCCCUCAACCUGCUCUACCCACCAAAGCUGGACAGUAAGGCGGUGUCAGAGCUCAAGGAGGACAAUGAGGAUGACUAUGCCAUGAAUUCAGAAUGCUACAUAGAGAAACUGUCAGCUCUGAGUGCCAGUCUGGCACGGGUGGUGUCUACUGCAGAGGAGGAGGAGGCUGAACUCGACCAGUUUCCUGUUGAUGGAGAGGACAUGGAAAAGAUGGAGGCAAGAGAAAAGGAACAGAAAUGGCAGGAAGCCCAGAAGAAGCUUUUUGAGGGACUCAAGAUCUUCCUCAACAGGGAAGUGCCCCGAGAAUCACUGGCAUUUGUCAUCAGGUGCUUUGGUGGGAACGUGUCCUGGGAUAAGUCUGUUUGCAUUGGUAGCACAUAUGAGGUGACCGAUGAGACCAUCACACAUCACAUUGUUGACAGACCCAGUAUCGAUAAGCAGUACAUCAACAGGUACUACAUCCAGCCCCAGUGGGUGUAUGAUUGUGUCAAUGCCAAAAUCCUCCUGCCUGUGGAAGACUACUUCCUUGGAGUGACUCUGCCCCCUCAUCUCUCGCCAUUUGUAGAAGAGAAGGAUGGUGACUACAUACCCCCUGAAAAACUGAAGAUCAUGGCCUUACAACGUGGAGAAAAGCCUGCCCAUGAACAGGAGGAAGACAGUGAAGAAGAAGAUGAGCAGAGCGAGGAUGAAGAGGAUGAGGACGAUGAAGAAGAGGUAGACGAGGAAGAAGAUGCAGAAGAGGAGAACCUUAAGAAAAUGGAAGAACAGAAAUCCCGGGGCAAGUCUCCACAAGUCAAGGUGACACCAGGGAAGGUUAAGGUAGAAAACCCAGCACGCUUGGAGCAGGAGGAAAAAGCAGAGGAGAAACGUCUUGCCAUCAUGAUGAUGAAUAAAAAAGAGAAGUACCUCUAUGACAAGAUCAUGUUUGGAAAGAAGAGAAAAGUCCGAGAGGCUAACAAACUUGCUGCCAAGAGGAAGGCCUAUGAUAAUGCUGAAAAGGCAAAGAAGAAAAAGACCAGAAAGUAACUCCAGCUGGCUUCUUCAGACCAACUUUAUGUAUUUAACUUCAGGAAGUAGUGUGUGUUACUGGUUGACAAACAUGUAUGUGCAUUAGAGAGUUCUGCGAGUGUGUUAACUUGUGCAUAAUUUCUAACUGAAAUGCAGGAUGUGGCAUAUGCUUGUGUAAUUAUUCAUGUAAAAGUGUUUCCUUCAUUGUGUAUGCAUGAAUUCUGCUUUGUUUUACAGUACACAAGAUAUGUAUUCCACUUUAUUUAAAGAUUUGUACUUUAAAGUGUAAGUAAAAACAACGUCAAGUCUU